AUGACGAUAAGCAAGUUGAACAAUUUGCCAAAAGAACUCAAGGUAGAAAUCGCCAGUUACAUACCAAAUCCUUUCUUUCUUGGAUGUUGUUCACGUGAUUGGUACAACGUUGUAAAUUCUGCGCCGACGCAAUAUAAAUGGAUACUUAACAAAUAUGGCCGCAUUCAUGCAUUGUUUCACGCUGUAAGAAUUGGCAAACCAUUGCUUAAUUCUGAAGUGGCUAAACUUUUAUUAAAGUAUUCCCAUAUCAGUCGACACUUUAUUCAACGCCUCAAACUUAGUUAUGGACAACACGUGUGGGGUAACAAUAUUUCCAAUGAUGUAUACGAACAGAUUCUUAAUUUCAAAGAAGGAUAUAAAAACGACGACCGUAAUGACAUGCAGUCAAUCCGUCAAGUAUUGGAAGGGGCAGAAAAUGAAAAUGUCAUAAAAAUAAUAAUUGAAACCUAUGGUUUUACACCGUUUCCACCGAGUCCCAUUUUCAGAACAUAUAUAUUCGAAAAUUCUGCGAAAUAUGAAGAUAAUCUUCCUCAAAACGGUUAUGCAACUGCCUCGGAAUUGAAGAUCGUGGCUAAGGCGAUAAUCACUUAUCCAAAUUUGUUGAAUGUCUGGAGGAAAAUUGGUUAUCAUGAGAUAACCAACGAUUUGGAAAACCCUGUUGUGCAACUCACCCUAUUAAAUCUUUACUCUACCAGUGUUCCUUCAGGACAAGCAAUUGCUGAAAGACUAUGCGAUUUACAAUCAAUUGGAUUUCCGCCGACUGACACUCUGAUUGGAAAUGCUCUACUUCUAUUCACACGGAGGUUAAACGAUGUCGGAGAUAGUCUUGUUGAGGCUUUUUGUAUUGCUCGGAAAAUGUCCAAGGCGGAUAUUCUUGACCUAUGCUUGAUAGAAUUGCUUGAUCCGGCAAGAAAUCUUGAACAUAAUGAUGUACUGGAUUAUAUCGUCAACUUGGUUGACAAUCCCGAAAAACAAAUUCUCUCUGCAUUUGAAAAGUAUAGUGUUAUCGAAGGCAGAAGUAACCUAUCUCAAUCUCGCACAUCCCUUAAAUACACACUUGUAGUAUAUCAAUAUAUGUUAAGGUUUGGUGCAAAGUCUCCGAUUGUUAGGUACUUGAUGAAAGAAAUUAUAAUUGUUCAUACGUGGCUCACCGAUACAGGUGAUAUAGACAAAUUGAGAGAUGCAGAUACUAUCCUCGACGAAUAUUAUACUGCAAAUGUACCUUUCGAUCGAUCACUUUUACCGCUGUUUAAAAAAUGGUCCCGCGCAAAACCAAUUGGCUGUUUAUUUGAGGGAUAUCUCCCAGCACUAUUCGGAUUUGAGGUCCAACAUCGAUCUUUUUCGGCGUUCCAAAUUCCAGAAGUAGGUGUACUUACGUCACCCACACAAACAGAAGAGUUGCAGCGACUUUGGUUGGAAGACAUUCAAAAAUGUGUUAAAUCCGAAGAAUUAGUAAAUGAUGAAUUUACAAUGCACGCAACAGAGUUUUUCACUCGUUAUCGUUUAAUGCACAGUUGUUUUGAUCACUGA